AUGCUCAAGGCUGCCCAGCCAGGCUCGGGACUUGGCUCCUCGCAAGUCUUGUCGCGCGCUCGCUGCCCCGCUGGUUCAGGUUGUGAGGCCGACGCGCUCCGCCAGGGGCAACCGGGGCGCUGCGACGCUGCGAGUCGUUUCCGGGCGCGGGCUGGGAGGGAGGAGCGAGGCGGGGCGGGGCGGGGUGUGACCCGGAAGUCAACGGGGCGUUCCGCCCCCCGCGCAUGGGGAGGUAGGCUCGGACAGGCCCGCGGAGCUGCAGCAGUCCUUCGUGCCCUCCUCGCCCUCCCCACCGACAUCAUGCUCCAGUUCCUGCUUGGAUUUACAUUGGGCAACAUGGUUGGAAUGUAUCUGGCUCAGAACUAUGACAUACCAAACCUGGCUAAAAAACUUGAAGACAUUAAAAAGGACUUGGAUGCCAAGAAGAAACCCCCUAGUGCAUGAGACUGCCUCCAGCACUGCCUUCGGGAUACACUGAUUCUACUGCUCUUGAGGGCCUCCUUUACCAUCUGAACCAAAAGCUUUUGUUUUCGUCUCCAGCCUCAGCACUUCUCUUCUUUGCUAGACCCUGUGUUUUUUGCUUAGAGCAAGCAAAAUGGGGCCCCAAUUUGAGAACUACCCUACAUUUCCAACAUACUCACCUCUUCCCAUAUUCCCUUUCCAACUGCAUGGGAGGUUCUAAGACUGGAAUUAUGGUGCUAGAUUAGUAAACAUGACUUUUAAUGAA